AUGGCCGCGGACGACUCGUACACGGCAGCUGACGAGCGCGCCCGUGCCGCCCGGAGGGCGGGCAUCCAGGCGAAGAAGGACGAACAGCCGGCGAACACGGCGCGGAGUUACGCGGCGAAGCAGCGGGAGUGGAAGGCCUGGUGCCAUACGCCUCGGGCUGCAGCAGACGGCUCGCUCUAUAGCUGGCCCGACGGCGAGCUCGUAACGCCGGACAAGCUGGCGGCGUGGCUCAAAGAGGAUAUCCUGUUACGACGCGUUGUGCCGCCGCAGAAGAAGAAGCCGCGCGCGCGGACCUACCGAAGGGUCUUUGCUUACGAGGGCACUAUCGACGCCUAUAUCGCGGCCGUUAUCGAGCUAUGGAGGCUCCAGGUGGCUCACGGCAACUCGAAUACGGAGAAUCCCGGGGCGCCGCCACCGCGGGAGCGACGGGAUCCAGGCCGGCUACCUCACGAUGAAUGGCUUCGGAUCCAGGAUCUCCUUCUCACUGGCGCCGCGUAUACGCCGCAAAACCUCCGUACGCGAGUCGACCUCCUCUUCGGCCACUACUACCUCUUACGGGGGGAGAACCGCCGCAAGAUGGAGCUUGCAGACCUGUCCCUACUCGACUAUCCGCCUUCGGAAGGGCCGACCCCUGUGGUUGCCUGCUCUUCUUUGGCGCUGGCACGUCGCCGGCGAACCCCCCCGUCCUUCCGGCGCCGUCAGGACUGGUAUCGGAUCAAGGUCCUCGUCGGGCGGGACCGCGAGCAGGAGCUCUCGUACCCGACGCAGCUACAAGAGACCUGGCGUAUCUUCGGCGCUGCCGGCCUUAUCGCGUCGAAGAAGACGCACCUCCCGCGCAGGGUGGGCGCCCAGGACGCGGAGACCCAUGGCACGUCGCUCGCCCAGAUCUCGCAGGCCGGCCGCUGGAACCAGAGCGUGCUCUGCCAGGCAUAUCUUACGCACCUACCGCGGCAGUUCAUGCCUGUGGCCGUGGAUCGAGGAGUGGGAACCCGCUUUGAGGCGCGGGCGCGCCGGCAAUGCUGGGCAGAAGGCGGUCUCGACGACGACGACUUAGCCGCCGACGGCUUCCUUAAGCUUAUGCGGCGCCUGCGUAUAGUACUUCUGCAGGACCUGGCCGUCCUACAGCUCCGCUACCCGUCGCUACCGUUCUUCGCCUACGCCCCUUUUAGCGGGCCCGAGUGGGACGAGUUCGCCGUCGCCGUGCGGUCCACCGCGGUAGGGGCUAUGGAGACGGUAAGCCUGCUCGUACGACGCGCGCUGCCGGAACUAAGCGGCGUCAUAGAGAGCACGCGGGAGGCCCUGUUACAGAAUAGUCAGCGGCUCGCCAUCCGGCUUGAGGCCCGGCUGGACGGGAUUCAGGGCGGCCUCGAUGCCCUCCUCCAAGGCAAGGUCCCUAUCACCUUUACCGGUUACUUCGGAGCCGGGUCAGCAGAGGCGCUGGCGCCGGCGCCGGCCCCGGCGCCGUCAACAGUACCUACCUUGAAUCUCAAUACAGCUCCGGCCCCGGCCCCCGACCCAGAGCCUCUGGUACCAGGCAUGCCUAUCGUCACAGCCCUGGCAAGGGUCUUUACGGUGGGGGACGUCUGGAAGGAGUGGGAGGAAGGAGUGCAGUUCUGUCGCCGGAAGGUGAUCUGGGACGAGCUGUUGGCCCGUAUGGCGUCCGGCAAAUGCAAGGAGGCGGCCGUUGCAGAGCUAGAGCUGUUACGCGCCGGCCGAAGCUUGAACCGACUCGUCGACGAACUCAAACAGCGCCGACGGCGGGGCCAGGAUCGGGGCCAGGGCCAGGCCAGAUACGGGUACAGGUAG